UCGUCGCAUACUUUCUCUACCCGCGUUUUCUCCAACCCACUAAAGUGAAUCCAUCAGGUCUCUUUCUCUUCUUCUUUUUCUACUACGAAACCCUAGAAAUUUUGACCUAGGAGAAAGGAAUGGCGUAAAAUAAAUCUACAUCUGCCAUUCAUAUUACAUUUUUGAUUUUUCUGUUUGGAUUCUUCUAAGUUUUGUCAGUAUGCUUAAGCAACCGCCACUUCAGGCCAGUUGAUGGAAAUGGAUAUGCUACAUAUUGUAGGUUAUACAAGAAGUUAUGGACUGGGGUAUCUGUGGUCAAUUAUAUAGCCAAGAUGGAAAAAAAUACAUGGAAGAUGGCGUGAAGUGUAUUGACUACGUUGACUACUGGCCUGAUGUGAUCGAGGAAGAUGCUGUAAACGAAAAGUAUUGUAAGAAAGUACUCAGAAAGCUGAUAAAGAAGGCAGAUCAUGAACUGGAAGAACUGGAAGAAGACCUGUUCAUCCUUCAAACACAGCUGGAGUGGGCAGAAAAAAAUAAACAUGAUGAAUGGUUUGACACAUGCUACAAAGGAUUGAAAGAAAAUAUCCAAAAGCUCGAGUUGUCAAUAUGCAGUUUGAAGGAUGUGGGACAUGGAGAUAUUGAUGAUAAUCACACAAAAGUGCUUAGAGAGCCUGCGAGGAGAGUCCAUGAGGUUAUAAAAGCUUUACUUAGCAAAGAGUUACAAAAUAAACACGAGCAGAUGGGUCAGCCUGCAGAUAGCAUCCCGGAAGAGGUGAGAUCUGAUCAGCAGCCUGCAGGCAUUUUUUCUGAAGAUUUGAGAUCGAGUGAGCUGCCUGCAGACAUUCUUUCCAGAGAUUUGGGAUCAGAUGAACAACCUUCUAAGAUUGUUACUGAAGAUUUGAGAACGGAUACUUUAAGUCAUUCUAGUGGACCGUCUGACUCAACUACAGCAGAAACAGAAAAGGCCAAAUCGAAGUUUACUUCCUUUACUGAGUCAAGCUUGUGUUUGAAGCCGAAUCCAGAUGUCUCAGCAGCAGUGAACAUCCAGGUAUUUGGUGACACGGUUACUUCUGGCACUACUAGUAUAGUUUCAUCCCUGAUGGUUCCAGGACAUAUGAAUGAAACUGCAAUCCAGCCAUUGAAAUUUCAUGGCCAAGAACCCAUGAUUUCUGUUACUGAAAAGACUCUCAGUUUAGUACCUUCUUUGGAGUUACAGCAGCGACAAGAAAAGAAUAUGGCCAGUAAAUCUUCUUUCGUUCUCUCAAAUCCAUCCGUAAAUUCAAAAGGGGAGGUGGCACUAAAACCAGAGAGUAUUGCUCAAUCAAAUCGAUCAGGUACCCAAAAAUCUGGUCCAACUGUUACUGAAAACAGGAAGAGAUCUACGUCGUACUGGAAUUCAAAAGGGACAAAGAAACACAUGCAGAAUCACGUGAAUGGACGAUGUAUGCCAGUGUCACUUAGACACAAUUCUACUAGCGACAUUUCAAGUUCUAAUUCAUCUUUGAUGUUGCAAGAACAGAUGGAUAAACAAGUAAUGCAGUUCAACACAGAACCCUUGACUUCUGUUACUUAUGAACCUGUUCAACUUUUACCAUCUUCGGCUAUCCAACGAAAGGUAAGAAUCAAAUCAGAGAUCCAUGUUGUCGAAGAGCCUAAAAGUAUCACUGGUGUUUCAGUUCAUCGGGAUUCAUCCUUGAACUCUCAAAGGAAGAUAAGUCAGAGUGUGGAGAGUAAAGCUCAAUUGUUUCCGUUGGGUACUGAAAAAUCUGCUGCAGCUCUUACAGGAAGCAUGACCGGUUCUGCUUCAUCUUCCAAAUCAAGAGGGACACAGAAACGAAAGCAGGAUCAAGUGGAAGGCCAGAAAUCCUACAGAAGAAGUGCACCUCAGAAAGUUCUAGAUGAUGCCAGCUUGACGUCACGGGAGAAACAGAAGAGCCGCAUAAUUCAGAAAGAUGGAGAGAGAGUGAAAAUGCCUAUGGUUGCUUCUAAUGAAACCCUGAGUCUGCCGGAGCCUACAACUUACGAUGAUUUGAAUAACCUCAAAUUAAAACAGUUGCAGAAACAUGGGAUGUCACUAGGUCUGAGAGGUUGGAAGGACUAUCGAAAAGAAGCUCUCAUUCAUAAAAUACUGGAGGCAAAAAAGCCGGAUGCACAAAUGUGUAUAGGCACCUCAAUAAGUCGAUAAUUUUGUUGAUCAAUUAUCAGAUCUGUAAUGAUAGAGAACUUUUACUCUCUCUCUCUCUCUCUCUCUCUCUAUAUAUAUAUAUAGUAUGAUUUUAGAUUCUUGGUCCAAAAUAUGACCAGCUGUUAAUAUCUUCCCAAAGGGUUACACCACAACUUACAGUGGUGACACCACUUUGAAGAAUGUGCAUAUGCUCUACUGCUUGUAGCGAUCUUUCAUACAAGUUUUAUGGUC